AUGUCAGAAGAAACGUCAAGAGAACAAAAACGUAUUCCACGAGACGCACGAAUUGUUCAUCUUAUUCUUGCAUCGCUAGGUGUUGAAGCAUAUCAGCAGAAUGUCCCUCUUCAACUGCUUACUUUUGCACAUCGUUAUACACAUCAAGUUCUUCAGGAUGCUUUAGUAUAUUCGGAUUAUGCGCGGCCAGAUGGGGUAACAGGAUUGACAGUAGAAGACAUUAGGUUGGCAAUUGCAUCUCAAGUGAAUAAUUCAUUUCGAGGGCCACCUCCUAAAGAAUUUCUUCUUGAAUUGGCAUCCGAACGUAAUAGAAAGCCCCUUCCGCCUAUUUAUCCUACGUAUAAUCUUCGUCUUCCACCUAAAAAAUAUCUUUUAACAGCGCCAAAUUGGGAUUUCGAUAUUCCGAAAUCUAAAAAGGAUGAUAUAUGA